AGAGUUGACAACACAUGCAGUUCCCCAGGUGGCCACCGGAUGGCUCACCUCACAGCCAGGUCUCCCUUUCACAAGCUCCGGGGAGCGAGUCCAGAAGGGCCUCGCCACACCAGCUGUCCGCCGACCCCCCAUCCCCGUCCCCGCGCCAUGGCCACGCCGGGACCCCGAGCCUUGCGGGCUGCGCUGUGCGGCGGCUGUUGCUGCCUCCUCCUGUGUGCCCAGCUCGCUGUGGCUGGUAAAGGAGCUCAAGGCUUUGGGCGGGCAGCCCUGAUCCGCCUGAACAUCUGGCCAGCUGACCAAGGAGGCUGCGCCAAGCUGGAGGCCUGUGAGCGCUGUGUGGAGGGGGGCAGAGCACACAACCUCUCCCGCUGCGUCUGGCAGCACUGUCAGCCAGAAGAGCCAGGACACUGUGUGGCCCAGGCUGAGAUGACCAAGGAGGGUUGCUCUGUCUACAACCACUCAGAGUCAUGUCCAGCUGCCCACCAUCACCCCACCUAUGAACCGAAGACAAUCACAACAGGCAGCCCGGCAGUCCCUGAAGAUCAUGGCCCUGGCUUUGACGGGGCCAGCUUCAUUGGGGGUGCGGUGCUGGUGCUGAGCCUGCAGGCAGUGGCCUUCUUCGUGGUACGCUUCCUCAAGGCCAAGGACAGCACUUACCAGACACUGUGA